AUGGCGGAGCGAGAAGAACAAGAUCAAAAUCGUUUUCAAGUAGCAGUUUCAUGCGACUCAGGUGACUCAGUUGAAGGCGGAGAUGUUGGAAAGUCGAGGGGAAAGACAGAGAAGGCAAUGGUGCUCGACGGUCACUGUCGGUGGAAAUCUCCGGUGAAGACUGGGAAAGUUAAUCAUCUUACUGUGUCAACUACGCUGAGGAAGAUUAAAAACUUGUUUGGUAUCAGUAUCAGUACAAAGGCAGCUAGAAAAUGUGGAUCUGCAAAGGUACAAGAAACUUGUCUCUGGCUGCUAUUCAUGAGUUUUCUCUUUGUGGUCAAGUUUAUUCAUUUAGUGUUCUUAUUGGAAAGUCUCUGUUUCGUCUGUGUGCUCUGCAGAGUUGUGAAAGAAAACAAUAGUUUGGUGAAAAGGCCACAGAGCCAAGAUUUGAAGUCACAGUUGAGCACUGAAGCAGAAAAUGCGUUUCUUCUUGUGAUGCAACCGUUGCCUCUCGCUACUUUUUAA